AUGAACUUGCUUACAAAAGUUCCAUUUCAUAUUUCGCGGUCAAGAGUCGUAAACAAUGUUCUUGUAUAUAACGCAUGCAACUUCAAGAAAUCUUUAACAUGUACUAGCGUUUAUCAGUUUCGCCCACUUUCAACGAAUCCUACGGAACCUAAUGCUGCCGAUAUCAACAAUAAAAAAAAUAAAAAAGUCAGGUCGCUUCGCGUACAAGGACUUGACACAUCCAACUUUCCUGACCUAUCAAAGCUUGAUCCGAUUUUAGAUGUACCAGGACCGAUAGUUGAUCCUCCAUUUCCAGUUACUCGUCCUUCCGUGGUAAUCACGGCACCGGAAACCGAAAGUGAUGAUAUUGAUGCCUUAUCAAUUGUCACCAGGCUCUCUCCUUCGGAAAUUCGUGAUUUACAGAAACGAACUCUCAUCAUAAAGCGCGUUUCAAGUCAAACCGAAAAGGGCAGAAUUCCUAGCAUGUAUGCGUUGGUGGUAGUAGGUAAUGGCAAAGGGGUUGCUGGUUUUGGUGAGGGGAAACAUGAUGAGGUUCAAACUGCCAUCAAAAAGGCUACUAAUAUAGCCAUAAAAAGUCUAAGGUAUUUUGAAAGGUAUGACGAUAGAACCUUAUAUCAUGAUAUAGAACAUAAAUUUCAUGGAACCACGAUAAAGUUAUGGGCCAGACCUCCAGGUUUUGGUAUAAGAUGUAAUCAUUAUAUACAUGAAGUUGCUAAAUGCGUUGGCAUUCAAGAUAUUUCUGCAAAGGUUCAUGGUUCUUGCAAUGGAAUGAAUGUUAUAAAAUGCACCUUUGAAGCUUUAAAUAGUCAAAACUUGCCUUCUGAAAUUGCAAAAUCUAGAGGAAAGAAUCUGAUGGACGUAUACCAUACUUACUAUGGGACGAAAUAA